UCAGCUUAAUGCAGAGUUGUGACAGGUGACAGCUGAUUGUGAGGUCGAGUUGUGCAGUGCAAAGUGUUACGCAGUGUUUUUCACUAUUUUCUUAAUAAAUGAAAAUUAUUGACUAAACAACGAACUAUUACAGUGUCGAAUCUUCCCAAAUUACACUUCGAAUCACCACUUAAACCUUCUAAAAGUGUACCUUUGUGUGAUUAUAAGGAUAAAAGUUGUUUUUUUCGACAAAAAAAUCCUAUGGUGUGUGCGAAUAUAAAUAUUAGUGUUGUCGAGUAAUGUGAGGUGGUGACGUCACAAGAUGGCGGUCGGAGAGGCGCGUGUCCCUCUCCUGCACGGCGACAGGCAAGCACCGGCGCAUACGCAUCAUGAGCCAGCAGUCCACAAAGCCCCCCUGGACCACUCGGGCCUGGGGCGCGGCACCACGGUGGUGACGUCACUAGUGGCCGGCGCCACCGCCGGGGCCAUCGCCAAGACUGCCAUAGCACCGCUCGAUCGCACCAAGAUCAACUUCCAGAUCUCACAAACCCCCUACUCCUGGAGGGCUGCGAUAAACUUCCUCCUGAAGUGCGCGCGCACGGAGGGCCUGCUGGCCCUCUGGCGCGGCAACAGCGCCACCAUGGCGCGCAUAGUGCCGUACGCUGCCAUACAGUUCACUGCGCACGAGCAGUGGAAGAAGGCGCUUGGAGUCGACACGCCGCAGAGUGCUAAAGCCCACCCAGUCCUGCACCUAGUAGCGGGUUCCCUAGCCGGCGUGACCUCCCAGUCAGCGACCUAUCCCCUGGACAUGGCCCGCGCUCGCAUGGCCGUCACCAACGUCGCAGAAUACAGCACAUUAAGAACUGUCUUCGUCAGGGUAGCGCAGGAUGAGGGGCUAAGGACACUUUACAGAGGCUACUCCGCGACGGUGCUGGGCGUGAUUCCCUACGCCGGCGUCUCCUUCUUCACAUACGACACGCUCAAACAUAAGUAUUUAGAAUAUUUCGGCAAGCCGCAAGGCGCGCUAGUGAACGUGGCGCUGGGCGGGUGCGCGGGCGCCAUCGCGCAGACGGCGUCGUACCCGCUGGACAUCGUGCGCCGGCGCAUGCAGACCGCGCGCCGCCGGACCGACGGCACCUACCCGUACCGGAGCAUCGGGGAAACUCUUGUUGUAGUUUACAAGUCGGAAGGAUGGCGCGGAUUUUUCAAAGGUCUCAGCAUGAACUGGGUAAAAGGCCCCAUAGCUGUCGGCAUAUCUUUCGCCACGUACGAUGCUAUAAAGAAUACACUAAGAGACAUAGCUGUACAUUUUAAUAGCUAGCCUUUAGAUAUUUUGGUUUGAAGCAAGCUUGCAAUAGGUAUGAUGACGGGGUAUGAAAAUUAAAACAUCUAUUUAGUCCGUCAGUUAGGUAAUGAAAAAAUAUUAGACACGUAUUUUUUUUUUUAUUUUGUCAUAUAAGAUAACAAUACUGAGAUUAAAACGAAACAAAGUUUAAGAGUGGGAGCAAAUACGUCAUUUCUACGUGUAAAAUGUACCUAGAAGUGAUGUCACGCGAUAUUUCAAAUCAAUAUAUCUUCGAAAGUAUUUGUUUCCGUGAGAAAAUAAAAAAUACGUGUGUAAUGUUUUAAAAUAAUCUACAAGACGGACAUUGAAAUAGAAAUUAGUCAUCUACCCUAUUGGAGGGGAGAGGGGAUUUGGAUUUAUAGAGGAAUGAGUGGGAGUGAAUUCUUCACAGAGGAUUGAAUUCUGAAAUGAAGAGUAAUUCUCUUGUGAAGAAGAUUAGCACAAUAGAGUGGGUUUAAAGAAUCUUAUACAUACAUAUAUAAGAUAUGUAUAUCAAAUGUAUUUUAAUUAUUAUGUUAUCGGUUUUCUCACGUAACUGUUUGACGAGGAACUCGACUAGUUUCAAGCCAUGCUAGAGGCUCAUAUUCAUGAGCAGCAUUCCGCGACACACGACGCGGCGACUGUCGCUGCUACUGACGAGUCGAGUGUGGCGCCCUCUGGGACAUUAGACUCGUUUGAGGACUGCGUAAGUGU